AAGAAAAAGAAGUAAUGCAAGAUCAGAACACAAAAUCUCUUGAUCAGUAUAAUGCACCUUCAUUUAAAUCGCCCACAUCUUGGUAUACUUCAGACACAAUUAAUGAGUACAUUAAAAUGAUAGUAAAACGGUCAGAAGGUGAAGUUUAUGCAGUUGUCACUGAUUUUAUUGUAGCGUAUCUUCGAGGAGGUUAUCCAGCUGUAAGAAGAUGGAUAAAAAAAGAUAUUCACACAAUAAAAUUACUUUUUGUGCCCAUGAAUGUAUAUGAGAGUCAUUGGAUAUUGACAGUGGUUAAUAUACCUGAAAAGACUGUGACAUCAUAUGAUAGUCUUAAGUCGUAUGAGGGUCCCUAUCCAAUGGUAUUAAAAAAUUUCUUAAUUGAAUGGGAGAUGGACAAAAAAGGAAAAGCUUCUACAUGGACAUUAUAAAUAGGUGAGACAUCUCGCCAAACCAAUGGACAUGAUUGUGGGCCAUUUACUGUUGAGGUGGCAGAAAAAAUGUCUCGAGGAGAUACAACACCAAUAAAUGCAAAUUUUAUGCCUUUUAUAAGAUUAAGACACAAAAAUGAAAUUAUUGCUGGCGAGCUAUUCAAUUAAUAUUUUUAUGAAUGAAAUUUUAUUUUUGUAUUUUAUAUCAAUUUUCUUAAUAUUCACUAUAAAUUGAAAUUUUUAUUUGUAUACCACCAAACAUUUUUUUACUUUUUCUAUGUUUAAUUGUUGUUUUGUUAUUUUAUUUUAAUCUUAUUUUUCAUUGUAACAUUUCAUUUAAGAAAUUCAAAUUUAAUAUAAAUUUAUCUUAACUGAAAUAAUUUAAUGUUCUUGUU